GAACAAGGCCAGGGGUCAAACCCACAUCCUCAUGGACACUAGUUGGGUGAGUCAGGAUGGGAACUCCACGUUUUAUUCUGGCAGCUGUCCCAGGUUUUAAAUAUAACUGCCUACAUUAGGCUAUCUUUAUAUUCUUCCUACAUAGAAGUGCCUGGCUGGUAAUCGGGGACCUGCCAUAGAUACAAAUGUCUGGAAGAAACUUGCGUGAAUGCACAUAUAGAAGAGUGGAAAUCUGGAGCAAUACCGGAGAGCAGAGUUAGAUCAAGGGGUUCAACUUCUGUAUGGAAUUCUGAGAGAGGACCCGUGGGGUUAGAACCAGCAGCUCUAUAAAAUGAGUGAGGAGAAACCAGAUGUGAUGGGGGAUUUUUAUUUAAGUUAAGGCUUUGACUGAGGCUAAAAUGCAGGAGAUCAAUUGCGGAAUUUCUUAUUGUUGGGGGAGCUGAUUUUGGCUCUGGUGAUCUAAGAGAAUCUGGGAAUUGCUUAGAACGUAGAGAAGAAUGGGGGUUCUGCUCAGAGUCUGAGCCAAUCUUCUGGAAGCCUAGACUUGGGGCCUUGGAGGAGGCAGCCUUGAUAUUGAGAAGCCUCUGGGGAGAUUUGAGGUUUCCCAUGAAACACAAACUUGGAAAAGUUCUGAAACUUAAUUGGUCAAAAAGGGAAAUGACUACAAGUUUGUUUUGCUCUCCCCAUACUGAUUGCUGAGGGAUGCCCUGAAAGUGGGCUAAUUAAGAACAGGUUCAGUGGCUGAGUCCCCUUGGAAAGGUGAAAAAUGGGGAUGGAAGGAGAGAGAGACCCUUGGCUCCCCACAACACUCUUAUUUCUGGAUUUUUCCCUAUGCUCCUACCUGAGGACACUUUUCUUCCUCACCAUGAGUAGAGGCAGCCACACGUAGCUCUGACCCAUGUUUGUGGCUCAGCAGUAACUGGAAAGGAUUUUCCUUGGAUGAGCCCCAGAGAGCCUUCCAAGUGGUGCUGAGCCCAUCCUUAGAGGUGAGUGUCUUCUCAGGGUUCCCCUCUACAGAGGGAAGAGAAGGAGAGGAUCAGGAUGGGGCGUUCUGGGCUUGGCUGCUGUCUAGAAGCAUGCACCGAGAAGGCGAGGAGGGGGCUGGGGGAGUAGCAGAGAGAAUGGGAUAAUCUCUGAAUCUCCCUGCACAGCAGAGAGCAGACUCAGCUGUUCUCUGACCCAAGGCUGGGUUAGGCACAGCUACCUCAGUCUGUCAGAAGAAUUUUCUCCCAUUUUUCUUCCUCUAGCAGUGGUUAGGCACAAUUGCGGGAAAGCAGACCACUGAGAUCCUCCAACAGUUCUGUCCUUGAAGCCUGCUUGCCCAUCAGAAAUGAUCCACAGAAAUAUUGAGCCAGUUGCCUCAGGAUGGGAAAGGAAAAAGGAAAAGCAAUAAUGUGAGGAAGGGAGGCAGAUCAAGAGAAUAGGAUGAAGGGCAUACAGCUCAUGAGCCUUGGCCAGGACCUAGUACUCUUUGAUCUUAUGUUACACAAUCAUACAUCCUUCAUCUACCAAAAAAUUUAAAAUUUUCACCACUAUUCUUUGUUUCCACAAAAAUUUUAUAUAUAUGAUAUAAUUUCAUGUAAUAUAUAGAAGAUAUGUCUUUACUCUCAUGGAGUUUAUAUUCCAGUAUAACGCAUGAACAAUGAAUGAAUAAAAUUAAACUUCCAGUCCCUCUUUUUGCCUUUAUUUUUCCAUGGUAUGAUUAAUAAGGCAACAUUCUAAAUGUUUUACUUAAAUUGUUUUUGUGUGUGUGUUGGAAUCGUCUCCACCACUUCCUUGAGUAUAAGCUCCAAGGGGCUGGGGUUUUUCCUCUGAUCACUGCUGCAUUUGUUUCGUGUUCUAUUAAGGUAUAAAUAAACAAUCAUUAACAUGAUAUCAAGUAAUGAUACGUGCCAUGAAGAAAACUCAAGUCCAAGGAUGAGCAUGUCUUUCCUGCUUGGGGAAGGGUGAUUGGAAAGAGUGUUCUGAGAAGAUGACAUUAGUGGAACAGGAUGGAUGGAGUGAGGUGAGAGAUUCAGGCAUCCUAAGCAGCUGAGAGCCUUGGGUCUAAACCUGUCAGGUGCCAUCUUUUUCCUUCCUGCCCAAACUUUUGGAAAUAUGAAGUUAAAGAGGAAGGAGUCGAUCUUGAAAAUGAUCUCAGUCUCCAAAAAUUCCCACUCAGAACAUUAGCUCCUCUAUAAUUUAUGGAGAAAAAUAUGAGGAAAGCAGUGAUGUUCCUCUUAGACUCUUUGCUUCUUUUCUACUGACACCAGAAUGGGUCUCUGUAGCACCGUGAAGGAUGAGGAGUGGGAUUCCAGUUUCCAUCCUUUGAAUAUCAUGUGAAGUACAAUUAUGUCAUCUGCUGCAGUUAACCCAAGAGGAAAGAACAACCCCAGGACCACAGGGGCUGGAUGGGCAUCAAAACAGGCCUCUUUCAAGGAUCCUUAUCUUAGUUCCCUGUGAGAAAGCACAUCCAUUGGGGAAAAGAGACAAGGGGGGUUUUCUUCACACCAGUGCAGAAGAUGGGGUCUUCACCCAUUGCAGGCAGCUAGAGUUGGAUGUGAGGCGGCAACAUUUGGGUCUGACGUUGCGCAGAGCAUCCUAGCAGGGGGCACCUCACCUGCUCAUCAGGUUGGAAAUAGUUCCUCAUCCUAAUCUGUCCUCCCUCUCUCUUGAGAGCUGGACCAUGUGGCACCCGUUUGUUCUCUUUUGAUCUCUAAGUUUCACAGGAGCAGAAACAAGGACAAAAUGAUGAGCAAUCACUCAAGUGCCACUGAGUUUUGCCUUUUGGGUUUCCCUGGGUCCCAGGAAAUACAUCACACUCUUUUUGCUAUAUUCUUUCUCUUCUACUCAGUGACCCUGAUGGGAAACACGGUCAUCAUUGUGCUCGUCUGUGUCGAUAAACGUCUGCAGUCCCCCAUGUAUUUCUUCCUUGGCCAUCUCUCUGCCUUGGAGAUCCUGGUGACAAGCACUAUCGUCCCUGUGAUGCUCUGGGGGCUUCUGCUCCCUGGGAUGCAGACAAUAUCGCUGCCUGGGUGUGUCACCCAGCUCUUCCUGUACCUUGCUCUGGGCACCACAGAGUUUGCAUUGUUGGGAGCAAUGGCUGUGGACCGUUACGUGGCUGUCUGCAACCCUUUGAGGUACAGUGUCAUUAUGAACAGCCGCACCUGCAUCUGGGUGGUCAUUGUGUCCUGGGUGUUUGGGUUCCUUUCUGAAAUCUGGCCUGUCUAUGCCACGUUUCAGUUUACCUUCUGCAAAUCAAACCUGAUAGACCAUUUUUACUGUGACCGAGGGCAAUUGCUCAAACUCUCCUGUGACGACACUCUUUUCACAGAGUUUGUUCUUUUUUUAAUGGCUGUUUUCAUUAUUGUUGGUUCUCUGGCCCCAACCAUUGUCUCCUACACCUACAUCAUCUCCACCAUCCUCAGGAUCCCCUCGGCGUCGGGCCGGAGGAAAGCCUUCUCUACCUGUGCCUCCCACUUCACCUUCGUCGUGAUUGGCUAUGGCAGCUGCUUGUUCCUCUACGUGAAACCCAAGCAAACGCAGGCUGCCGAGUACAAUAAGAUAGUUUCCCUGUUGAUUUCUGUGUUAACCCCUUUCCUGAACCCUUUCAUCUUCACUCUCCGGAAUGACAAAGUCAAAGAGGCCUUUCGAGAUGGAGUGAAAUGCUGCUAUCAACUCCUGAAGGAUUAGCUCUUCUCUCAGUCAAUUUAGAUGGUAUGAUCAUCAUCUUGGAUUAUUCAGCCACCUGCAAAAUGCUUCUAGCACCAUUGUCGCCAUUGCAAAAAUCAAAUAGCCUGUGCAACUCCUGAUCAGGCCAUGGCAGUGGCAAGGCAGGUAAAAAUGGAACUUAUUUUCUGAUCACUGGAAUCUCAUACUAUUAGUUUCUGCUUGUUUCUGCUGUUGAUCCCGAAGAACCAUAUUCCUGUUCUUGUGAUGUGGGAGGACCCAGGGAAAUGAAAUACAUGCACAUUUGUAACCAUUUGGUUGGUCAAAUUAUUGGCUUCUUAUUCAUCUGGUACAUGUAUUUCCUGGUAGAAGAAUGAAAUGGGAAGGUGUAGGGUGCAAUAGAUGGCAUAAUCAGAGACCAAAUGUAGAGAGGCUUACUUUGUUUCUUCACCAACUCGUGCUGGUUCUUUUCCUAUAUUUUUUGUGAAAUUUCUUGACCAGAUGGCUAUAUGCUUUUAAGAUAUCCUAGGGUUCUCUCUUUUUUUUUUUUCUGGUUAUUUACUGAAUUAUCCUGGUCCCAUUGCUACUGUGAAGUAAAAGUAGUAUUAUAUAUUACAUUUUCCCACGGGAUCAAUCUAGAAUGGUGAUAUGGAGACUGGAAUGCUUCUCAUUAGGCAAAUCUUCAUGACAUAAAAAACCAAAUAUUUGGAGAUCAGAAGGGGAAAACACUCCCUUUGCUAAACUUCAGGGUGUUUCUUUAGCCUCUUCCUUUUGAGGUGUGUAGGGAUAUAGACAAGUAAGACUGAAAUGACUAAUUCUUGAGAUCAUCUUGUGUUUUACUGAUGCUAAAAGCAACGCUUUCUGCUCAGACUUCUCCCAGAUUCAGACUUCAGGCUGCAUAAUGCCUAGGAUUCUUUGUUUUCCAAAUUCAAGUGUCAGUACCAUCCAUAGAUCUUGGCUAUGGGCAGACUUUAACAAAUGAGGGACCACCCACCUCAUUGUCAGUUCCUCAAUUCCCGGGCAUAGUGUCUGACAAUGUGAUUGCAGAAAUUUCAAAUUGUUGGAGCAAGGGCUUUGGAGAGGAGUUGACUGAAAUAAUACCACUCAGCACAUCCUGCCAACCCUGAACUGAAUGGGGCAACUAAGCUGCCAGGCAGGACUUGAUGGGGUUACUUAGGGUUCCCAAGGGCACUGUGUGUGGAUGUUUUCCCACUGGUAGGAGAGGCGAGAUCACCAUGUCUACUGAGUUAUUGGUACUGAAUAGGAGCCCCAGACGAGGUGCCCAGGGAGGUCUUCAAUCUAGCCCAUGCUCUGCCAGCCAAGCAAACACCCUCCCUGGUGGGGCUGUGCUGCUGAGAAAGGGCUGAAGGCUGAACGUUGUCUAGGUAUCUCCCACCCACCCCUUCAUUUCAUGAGGUCUGUUCUCACUAGAGGAAUCCCACUUUUCUAGUUCACUCACGCAGAGAAGGUACCUUUUUCUAAUUUGCAAAGGCUUUGUAUGUCUUAGGUUGCCCCUGGGCUGCUGGAGACACAGUAGGGAAUUGAGGGGAGCCUCACAGCCCUCAGUUAGUUUCUUUUGGGUCUUCCCUUGUCAUCGCCAUGCCUCUAGCAUCCCCUGCUUGUCCCACGUUCACCCACCAGCUUCCCUCCUCUUCCUCUCCCUUUGUUCUUCAGUUCUCAGGUUCCUCUCUUUUCCUCCUCCUUUCCCAUUCCCCCCAUUUUCUCAGGAGUCUAGGUUCUGACCUCUCACUGCUAACACACUCCUGUUCACCCCUUCUCACCCCCAACAUCCCGUUCUCCUCCUUUACCUCAGUGAUGUCCUAUUCCCAACCACCUCUUUAUAUGCUGUAGUCCUUUUGCUUAUUCUCUCAAAUGAACACAGAUGGAGUCUAGGUUAUGAGAGGAGAAGGCAAGUUCCAGAUGAAGAGACUAGUGAUUGGGACAUUUUCGUACUAGGGUUUUCUCUUCGGUCUUUGACCCCAAAUAAAGCAAUCUGCAUUAGUCUGUUUGCAUUUGUCUGCUUUGGCUUCCGUAACAAAACAGUAUAGACUGGGUGACAAACAAAAAUGAAAUUUACUUUACACCAUUUUGGAGGCUAGAAAUUCAAGAUCAAGGUUCAGACCAAUUCAGUUUCUGGUGAGGGUUCUCUCUGUGGCUUGCAGGUGCCACCUCCUUUGGAGUUCCACACAUGGUCUUGUGGUGUGCAUAGCAGAAAAGAAUGAACUCUGGUGUCUCCUUUAUAAGGACACUUAUCCUAUCCAGUCAGAGUUCCACCUGUAUGACCUCACUUAACUUUAAGGACUUCUUUGGCAGCCCAUCUCCAAACACGGCAGCACUGUGAAUACGGGGGGAUACAAAUAUUAAGUGUAUAACACCAUCACUCUUAGUCCUGCAAUAUAAAUUUACUCUCAUCCAGAAUACCUACUUUGGAGUUCUCUUCUGGUGCAGUGGGUUAAGGAUCAGGGAUUGUCACUGCAGUGGCCCAGGUUCCUGAAAGUUCGAGCCCUGGUCCUUCUGGGAACUUCCGCAUGUAUGCAUGUGGAAGGUGGGGGGAAAAAAAGACAAGACAAAACAGAAUGCCUACUUAGCUUCACACUGGGAGCUAGGAGACAGAUAGUUCCUAGCUAAAAAUAUCUUGUAUAAAAUAAAAUGAGGUCCCUCAUGCUCAUCUCCACCACUAUAGACACACAAUGAAACAUUAAUAUCUUUUCAUUCCACCUAAUUGUUCUCCGUACUCCUCAAAACUGAUCAAUAUAGGUAUCUAAAAAGAAAUUCUAAUUAUAGACUUUUAUUGAACUCCUUAUGCAUUUGUAAUUACCACACUGCACAAUAACUCGUGUAUAUUUUGAGGUAUGUCAGAUUGAAUAUGUUGCAAUUUUUACUUCAUAUAAACACUGACCUCUAUUAAUAUAUAUAUUUGGCAUUCUUAGUCAUAUGGUCAUAAGUAAAAAUAAAAACAAAACUAAUGAGAAUGCUACUUCCAGCCAGGCAAGUUUUUAAUAUUCUCUCUUCUAGAGGAUUUCCUUGGUGAAAGGAAAAUGCUUACACAAGGAGUAUCAGUGAUGUAUCUCUGACAAGACAUUCACUUUUUCUAUAGAAUAUUAUUUUUCUGUAUUUCUAUAGGUAUUCCUCUAUAUUCAUACUUAAUGAUGCAUAAAUAUUGGUGUAUGUGAUAUAAAUUAAAAUAUCCAAUUUUCUACAUAUGCUAAUAUUUCUUAUUAGGAGUUAGGAAUAAGAAGGGAGUGUUAUGUAAUUAGAAUUUCUAUGCCUUCUAUAUCACCAUCAGAAAUAUUAAUUUUGUGCCUAAUUUAAAUAUCUUCAGCUUUUAAAUUAAUAUUUGAUAGCUAUUCUCAAAACUGAAUAGAACUAUAAUGUGAAGCAGUUUUGUCCAACUCCAAGGUUUAUUCUUAACCUCUUUAUUUUUGUUUCAUUUCUUUGAGUUAAGACACUGCAUAUAAGUUUUCUAUCAUUUGAUUUUUAUGUAUUGAAUAUCUAAUAUGUAUAAUAAGUUGCUUUAAAUGCUUUGGAAGUAGGUAGAUGGAAGGAACAAGUAUUAAUUAUCUACUGAUUACUUUAUAAUUUCUCUAUAUUUUUAUUCAAUCCUGCAGCAUCCUGUUAGUUAAGUAGUAUUAUGACCAUUUGACAAAUGAGAAAAUUGAGGCUCAAAAAGGUUAAUUAACUUGUCAAAAUUUACUCAUCCAUUAACCAAAUCGGAUACAUCAGAUUGGAAAAAAAGAAAAAUUCUGAGUAUUAAUGUGAAUGUCGGAGACUAGACUUUUAUUCAUUUCUGAUGGGAAAAUAAUAUAUUAUUGUCUGAGUUAUCAGAGGGUUACAAAAUUAGUAAACAUGAACUAUGACCUAUUUUUAAAAUGAUUCUUUCUUCAGCUGUGUUGAGUUUGCUGAUGAGGCCAUGAAAGGAAUCUACGUGCAAUGUUUUCUUAAUUUAUAAUAUUUUCAUCUGAUUAUCUCUUCCUUACAGUUUUUAUUUCUUUGCUGAAAUUCCUCUCUUGUUUAUGCAUGUUGCCCAUUUUUUCCAUUAUAUCAUCUAACAUAAAUUAUGGUUUAUAUUACUUCAUUAAGUAAAUAUUUUUGAGAAUAACACUUUAAAUUAUUUAUGUAUUUCACAUUUUUAAGGUUUUUUUUGAGGGGGUGGAUGCUCUAGUGCUUAUCAUACACGUCUUAACUUAGAAUUGACUUCAUAUUAAUACUAAUAGUGUCAUUUGGGUACAGAAACUUUACACCUAUGCAGCACUAUUCCCUUCCCCUCCCUUUGGUGCAAUUAUAUUUUUCCAUCUAUGUAGCAACAAGCUAAACAAUAUAUUGUUAUAAUGAUUAUUUUAUAUAAUUCUUAAAGAAUCUUGAAGAAGAAAGAGAAAAUAAAUAUGUAUUAUAUUAUCCUUUUUUACCCUUUCGGAUUCUCUCAAUUUGUUCCUGAGACUCAAUUUGCUAUUUUUUGCCGUUUCCUUACUCUGAAACAGCUUUACUCCCACUCAUUUUCCUUUGUGCUGUUAUUGGCAAAUGCAUUACAUGUUUAUAUUUAUCCACUCAAGAAUACAAUUAUAUAUCUCAUGUUCUAUACAGCUCUUUUUUUUUUUAAUCAGUUAAUGGAAGGCAGGAGAAAAUAUGCACUUAUGACCUCUUAUAUAAUUAUAGAAUUAGCUUUAUUCAUGCUAAUUUUUGUGUGCAUGUAUUUUAUUCUAGUUUCUAUCUGGGGUCAUUUGCUUUUAGUUAGAAGAACCUCCUUUAGUAUUUCUUUUAAGGCAAAUCUUUUAGCAACAAACUCACUGUUUAAAUAUAUCUGGGAAUGCCUUUUUUUUCCCUUUUUUGUUUUGUUUCGUUUUUUUUUGCUUUUCUAGGGCUGC